AUGACCAGUAUGAUCAUUUCGUUUACUAACGUGGCUAUGGAUGGUUCGCAUAAAUUAAGUUACUCGUACAAAAAUGGAAUAUUCAUGGAGAAAUCUCAGACACGCGAAUGCAUGAGAGGAAGCGUCUGUUUAAAAAGUAAAACUGUUUGGGGAAAGAAAACCUCGACCAGUCCUAGGAAGACAUGUAUUGGAGUUGUUGGGACCACAAUAGAUGAGAAUGGAAACAUUAAAACCGAUGAAGAAUUUUUCGAAACUGUCCUUGUUUUGGGAGCUACUGAUGAGAAAUUUCAAAUUUGCCAAGAACUAUACAAUACGGAAAGACAUUAUAUUGAUAAUCUCAAAUUGUUACUCAUGGUAAAAGAUGCUUUAAUAGAACGAGUUGAAAAAGAAAAACCAAUCAUUAGCAGACCAAAAAUCGUACAAAUUUUUGGGAAGAUCCAGCCAAUCGUGGAUCUUCAUGAAGAAAUCAGUCAGAAACUUGCAGACUUAAUAGACAAUUACAGCGAGAAACAGUGUGAUGUAGCAAAAAUUUGGGUGGAUGCCAAUAAUGAACUCCUGCGUGUAUAUCCCUCUUAUAUCAACUAUUGUGAUAAUGCUAGAAGCCUCCUCAUCGAUGCAUGCGAACGGCACCCGCGUCUUCGAACUUUUAUAGAGGAACAAGAAAAAUUGCCGGAAUUCCACCGACAGCGAGCCAUUGAUAUCAUGACGUUUCCAGUGCAGCGCCUUGCAGGUGUCAAACUUCUCCUUGAAAAGCUGGAAAAGAAGUCAAACAAUGAAAGCACAGAACUUCAACAUGCAAUUCAAAGUGUUGGCAAUGUGCUAAGGCGCUCAAAUAGCGUGAGACGAGAGAAUGAUGUUCACAUAGCCCAACUGAAUUUACUUCAAGAAGUUGAAAGUAUUCCUUGCGAACUCGUGUAUUCCUCUCACGUUCUGGUUGGAACAGUGGAGGUACAAUUGUUGUGUACAACCAACAAAAUAAAGUUAGGGAAUAAGGAUCCAGUUUUGAAACUGACGUUAUUCAGUGAUGGAGUGAUCCUGGUAUGCAGCUGCAGGAAAUAUAAGUUGAUAAAUUGGAUGGCAAAAACACGUGCCACCAGCACAUUAUGCAAAUUGUGGAAGAAACCUUAUAAGUAUUUGACAACACUGAGGGCAGAACAAUUUCGAUGUAUGAUGUUUAUACAUUGCACGCCAAAUAAAGAUGAUCUAAAUCGAUCGAAACGAAGCCCAAUAUGUUGCUGGAAGAUCAGAGAACGAAUGGGCGAUAUCGAAUGGUUUGUAGCUGUGGAGAAUCACGAAGACAUGCAGGAUUUUGGAAGCUCUGUUGAAGUAAUGAUAAAUGGAAGAAUAGUACGAAAGGACAAGCAGGAAUAUUACGAGAUGAACCCUUCUGUGAGCAUGAGGAGAAGUUUAAACAUGCACGUUGAGAUGAAGUUUCGGGAGGUUCCCAGUGAGUGCAGAAAUGUCCUAAGGAAAUACUUGGAAUCGAGAAAGUUCUUCGUACCUGAGGACGACGAAAGUGAGAUCUCUGCGAUCGAGAAGAGGCCUAGAGACGGCUUGCGUGCGUUAGCAAGCCGAAAAAGCGGUUUCAGAGGUCUUUUCAAUGGGAUAAGCAACACUACAAAGUCUAUGGAACGAGUGAAAGGAAGCAAAGGCUAUAGACGACGUACUAUUGAACCAUGUGAACUUUUUUUUGCACCAAUCGCAGAAGAAAACUGA